AACACACCUCUCCAUAUUCUCUCCCCAGUCUCCUCCUGCUCUGUGGCCCCAGCAUCAGCCAAUCAGAAUGCCAGUGACAAUGGGGUCAGAGGUCAGCUCCAGCAGGAGGACCCCGCCUCUAAAGGCCUUCCAGCACGGUUCUUCAUCGGAGUCUCCCUGGUCGUAGGGUUCACCCUCAUGUUCCUGGUGGACCAGAUCAGUAGCUACUGCUCCAUACACGGUCAGUUAUGCUCCGGGGUGAAGACUCUAGCUCAUCCCUCUAUUAGCAUUUAGCCUGUCCUAUUGAAAACACACUGUGAAGACGCUAACUUCCCUAGCGUUAAUUGGGCUAGAAUUGUAAGCAUUAGCCCGACCCAUUGAAAACCUGCUUUGGGGUGAAGUUUCCCCUAGAUACAGAUCUAGGAUCCGCUUCCUCUUCCCCAAUCCUAAAUUUAACCAUUAGUGGGGGAAAUACAAAAAUCAGUGUCUGGGGGCAACUUCACCCUUCUCCAUUGAGUUACUACUUCAUAUAGCAUCAUACACUACAUGACCGAAAGUAUGUGGACACUUGCUCGUCCAACAUCUCAUUCCAAAAUCAUGGGCAUUAAUAUGGAGUUGGUCCCCCCCCUUUGCUGCUAUAACAGCCUCCACUCUUCUGGGAAGGCUUUCCACUAGAUGUUGGAACAUUGCUGCGGGGACUUGCUUCCGUUCAGCCACAAGAGCAUUUGUGAGGUCGGGCACUGAUGUUGGGCGAUUAGGCCUGGUUCGCAGUCGGCGUUCCAAUUCAUCCCAAAUGCGUUCGAUAGGGUUGAGGUCAGGGCUCUGUGCAGGCCAGUCAAGUUCUUCCACACCGAUCUUGACAAACCAUUUUCUGUUUCGGAUCUCGCUUUGUGCACGGGGGCAUUAUCAUGUUGAAACAGGAAAGGGCCUUCCCCAAACUGUUACCACAAAGUUGGAAGCACAGAAUCGUCUAGAAUGACAUUGUAUAAUGUAGCUUUAAGAUUUCCCUUCACUGGAACUAAGGGGCCUAGCCCGAACCAUGAAAAACAGCACUGACUUGUUGGAAAGGUGGCAUCCUAUGACGGUGCCACGUUGAAAGUCACUGAGCUCUUCAGUAAGACCAUUCUACUGCCAAUGUUUGUCUAUGGAGAAUGCAUGGCGGUGCGCUCGAUUUUUAUACACCUGUCAGCAACGGGUGUGGCUGAAAUAGCCGAAUACACUAAUUUGAAGGCGUGUCCACAUACUGCUGUAUGUAUAGUGUAUCUCUAGCUUGCUCCAUACACAUGGUCAGUUUGUCCAUAUGAAAAAGGGAAAACUGUAGUCAUCAAAUUAUAUACUUUCGUCCGUUUGUGGUGUGUUGUCGUAGCCAAAAGUAAUCCGUUAUAAUGAAAAUAAGGAAGGUCUGCACUCGGGAAUUUGCAGUAAAAAAAGGAAAAUGUACUUCAUAUUUUCAGGUCAAGUUACUUCAUAUAGCGUAAGUCUUCUAGCCUGGUUGCAGAUCUCUUUGUGCUGGGUUGCAUAGCCAAUGCCUGUUUGGGAUGACAAUGACCAUACAAGUUGGCAAGACUGAUCUGGAAGCACCGGUUAUACAUCCUCCACAUCUUCUCAAAGUUUCACUCCUUGCCAAACCUCCUCUCCAAGAAAAACCUCUCCAAACCUCCUCUCCAAACCUCCUCUCCAAACCUCUACUCCAAACCUCCACUCCAAACCUCCACUCCAAACCUCCUCUCCAAACCUCCUCUCCAAACCUCCACUCCAAACCUCCACUCCAAACCUCCUCUCCAAACCUCCACUCCAAACCUCCUCUCCAAACUCCACUCCAAACCUCCACUCCAAACCUCCACUCCAAACCUCCUCUCCAAACCUCCACUCCAAACCUCCUCUCCAAACCUCCUCUCCAAACCUCCACUCCAAACCUCCUCUCCAAACUCCACUCCAAACCUCCUCUCCAAACCUCCUCUCCAAACCUCCACUCCAAACCUCCUCUCCAAACUCCUCUCCAAACCUCCUCUCCAAACCUCCACUUUAAACCUCUCCAAACCUUUGUCAUUGUGCUACCAUUCAGCAUGUCCAAAAAGCUCAUGUUGCUAACAGUUGGUUAAUGGUGUUGUCAUUCUAGAUCCACAGACUGGAAUGUCCAACAGGACCAGCAUCACAGCUACACUAGGACUGGUCAUCCAUGCUGCUGGUAGGUAACACGCUACACACUACACACACACACACCCACACACACACCCACACACACAUACUCUACUGCCAAUGUUUGUCUAUGGAGAUUACAUGGCUGUGUGCUCGAUUUUAUACACCUGUCAGCAACGGGUUAUGCUGAAAUAGCCAAAUCCACUAAUUUGAAGGGGUGUCCACAUACUGUUGUGUAUUUUAGAUCACAAUGUAUUACUUUUAAGGCUUCGAUACUCCUCCAUGGGCAGGGAUAGUCUGCUGUCCAUUGUUUAAGUGAAGGCAGUAGUGCAGCCCAGUAAUACGUCUCCAAUAUGAGGUAGUGCAAGACCUCCAGCUUUAUAGGGGAAGUGGAAAACAUUCUAGUCCAAGACCUCGACAUGAACAUUUACGACUUGUGUGUCUGUCUGUCUGUCUGUCUGUCUGUCUGUCUGUCUGUCUGUCUGUGUAUCUGUCAGUGUGUCUGUCUGUGUAUCUGUCAGUGUGUCUGUCUGUGUGUGUAGUGAUCAUUGUCUCUCUCCUCUGCCUGUCUGUAGCUGACGGUGUGUGUGUGUGUGUGUGUGUGUGUGUGUGUGUGUGUGUGUGUGUGUUGUAAUAACAUUGUUUCCUCUCCCUCUCUCCCCAGCUGAUGGUGUGGCUUUAGGUGCGGCUGUGGCUUCCUCCCAGGUCACAGUUCAAGUCGUGGUGUUCCUGGCUGUGAUUCUGCACAAGGUGAGAGUCCACUAGAUUAACCAGCUUCUGCUAUGGAGUUAAUAUCACAAGCAAUAUUGGACAACAGGACAUCUUGACAAACCAAGCAAUGGUUGAUUGUUCUUGCAAACUCCUUAAGCCCUCUCUCAAUUCAAUGUACUUGAAUUGAUUUGAUUCUCUCUCUCUCUCUCUCUCUCUCUCUCUCUCUCUCUCUCUCUCUCUCUCUCUCUCUCUCUCUCUCUCCCUCUCCCUCUCCCUCUCCCUCUCUCUCUCUCUCUCUCUCUGUCUCUCUCUCUCUGUCUCUCUCUCUCUCUCUCUCUCCGUCUCUCCCUCCCUCUCUCCCUCCCUCCCUCCCUCCCUCAGGCUCCUGCAGCGUUUGGCCUGGUCACCUUUCUGAUGCACGCAGGUUUAGAGAAGAAGCAGAUUCAGAAGCAUCUAUUGGUCUUCUCUGCUGCAGCACCUGUGCUCUCCAUCAGUACAUACUUUAUCCUGAACGCGGUGAGAAGAAGCUGUUUAGUGACGUAGAAGAAUGUGCUAUAAUAAGAAGAAAGGUGCUUUAUCUAAUGGGAACCUUUUUAUAUUAAACUAGUAAAUUAUUUAAGAUUGUUAGAGGGGAGAACUAAGCCUGGUUCUGGGAAUACAUGUAUGCCGUUUUGCCAACUGCUGAACAUAGUAGCUGGUAAGAGAGCAAAACAAUCACUGGGACCAGGCUAGAGAGAACUACUACCAACAGUGAAAAGUGAUUUGAUAACGUUGACAUGACGUCAGUGUGUUGUGUGUUUUUUUCCCCUCCUACUGCAGAGUGGCGGAUCGUCCCAGCACCGUCUGACCGCUACAGGUGUUGGGAUGCUCUUCUCAGCCGGGACGUUCCUCUACGUAGCUACGGUCCAUGUACUACCAGAGGUCAGCUCCAGGGGGCAGCAGCAGCAGAGCUCCUCCCACCUCCACCUCCACGGCACUGGGACCGGGCAGCCGGAGGGCCUGGGGGCCCUGGAGAGCCUCACACUGAUACUGGGAGCAGGGCUGCCUGUGUUACUGGCCCUGGGGCUACAUGAUGACUAGUCUUGUGAAUCGAUGCUAUCCUACCAAGUCUUGUUCAUCACUCAGCGGUCCUCUGUAGCUCAAUUGGUAGAGCACGGCGCUUGUAACGCCAGGGUAGUGGGUUCGAUCCCCGGGACCACCCAUACGUAAAAAUGUAUGCACACAUGACUGUAAGUCGCUUUGGAUAAAAGCGUCUGUUAAAUGGCAUAUUAUUAUAUUAUUAUUUAGCUAUUGAUAAUGAACAUUGAGAAUGAAUGUGAGGAAGCCUGGAAAUCAAGGCUACACUAA